UCAGCGUCGCCCACCGCCUGCCCUUCUUCGACAACACCCUCGACAUCGUGCACUCGAUGCACGUCCUCAGCAACUGGAUCCCGGAGCCGAUGCUGGAGUUCGCGCUGUACGACGUGUACAGGGUGCUGCGGCCGGGCGGGCUGUUCUGGCUGGACCACUUCUUCUGCACAGGGGAGCAGCUCAACGCCACCUACGUGCCCAUGAUCGAGCGCGUCGGCUUCAACAAGCUACGUUGGGUCACCGGCCGCAAGCUCGACCGGGGGAUCGAGAAGAAUGAGUGGUACCUAUCGGCGCUGCUCGAGAGGCCCAUGACCACGACGAACACUUGAUUGAUCUCUUCUUCCACGAGGGAAUCAGAACAGUGCAAAGAUUACAGAGAGGCAUUAAGGGAGUAGUAAACUGUUAGCUUCAUCGGCAAUUGGGACAUACGAGCUCAGUAGAACUCGGCACUUCUCACUGUGCUUCCAGUUUGCCUUCGUCCAUGUACUUCUCUAAUGAGGUCACUAUUGUUUCUACUUAUCUUCUUCCCCGCACAAGUAUACAAUGAUUUAGGCGUACUUGUGAUAUCUAAAUUUAUGUCUAGAAUUUACAUGUUAUUACUAAUGAACUUAA